AUGGUUGGCGAUCUGAGGAGGACAUUCAUCUCCUGGCUCAGGCACACUGAGGCCGAACUCAAAAGAGAAAGAAACGAUUUGGUGCGACGGAAAAGGGAAUUUGAAGAGGAGAAAAAGAAGGUUUGGGCUCUUUUUCAGCAAGACAAGCAGAAUGAAUACAAUAAAAUCAAGGAAGAGAGGCGUGCGGCUCAGGCUGAAAUGCAGCAGCAGCUGAAGCAACUUCAAAUUGAGAGAGAGGACACCCGGAGCAAGUUGCAAGUGGAAAAGCAGAAAUUUCAGCAGGAACAAGAGGCAGUGAGGCGGAAGCAUGUGCUGGAGCGGGAACGCUUUAGACAGGAGGUUUUGGCCUUUGAGUCUGAACGGCAAAGAAUUGUGGAUUCAAGCAUUGCGGCAGAGACAGUAGUGGAUUUAAACGUUGGCGGGGUUGUUUUUGAGACAUCACGGCAAACCCUCAUUCAACAGCGAGGCUCCUUCCUUGAGAAUCUUCUCUCGGGGAGGCACCAUGUCGCGAGAGAUCGACAAGGAAGAAUCUUUUUGGAUAGAGAUGCAGAAAUGUUCAGGGUUAUCUUAAAUUUCCUCAGGCAACCAAAUGCCCCGCCGCAACCGCGAGACAGUGCGGAGAGCGACGCUCUGACGGUGGAGGCUGCCUUUUUGGGCAUUCGUUUCUUUCCGGAUUCUCUGAUAUUUGCAUUGGGUGGGCAUAGUGGUAACGAGCACCUGAGUUCUGUGGAAAUGCUGGAUUUAGAGAGGCAGCAGUGGAGACCAUCCGUCCCCAUGAAGACAGAAAGGGCGUAUGCUGCUGCUGGCGCCAUCAACAACAAGAUAUACAUCUACGGGGGUCAAAAUUUGGACUAUAAGGCAUUAUGUGAUGUUGAGGUGUAUGAUGCGUUGUUGGGUGCAUGGUUUGGGGUGCCACCCCUUUCCGUCCCUCGGAGGAAUGCAUGCGGCACGGCUUUAAAUGGCUUGCUAUAUGCGAUUGGAGGCUUUGAUGGAGAAAGCAUCCUUGCAUCCGUGGAAUGCUUGGACACCCGAAUGAAGAAUUGGAGGCAAACGGCUCCUCUCAACUGCCCAAGGUGUAGCGCUAUGUGCUGCACACACGGCGACUCCUUACUGGUUUUGGGAGGCACUAAAGGGGAACGACUGCGGAGUGCUGAGGUGUAUGAGCCCCGAAUGGAUCAGUGGCAACCACUCUCUUGUUCCAUGAUUGAGGUUCGAAGUGCUGGGUGUGCUGUUUCUGCAAACAACCACAUAUAUGCAAUAGGGGGAAUGGAUUCGGGUCAUCAGAUUCACAGCACCCUCGAGGUUUUAGAUCCCGAGGGAAAGCAAUGGACCUUUCUCUCCCCACUGCCUGGUCCCAGAAUGGACUGCGUUACAGGUGGUCAGGAUGGAGAGGUACUCAAAAGCACAUGCUUCUACAGUCCAGAAGCAAAUGAAUGGAGGGCAGGUCCUUCCAUGCUGAACUCACGUUACGGCCACAGCCUAGUUAUUACAACUCUCUAA